UUCAUGUCUUGUGUCACUGUCUUUGCAGCAAGAGAGGGCAUCUGACAGUUGCGGUUCAUGAACGAGAGAGGAUGGUUCCUUGAUUGUAUUAUUUGCGUUUAAAAUAGUAACACAAGGUUGGCAUGAAGGAGAAUAUAUCUCCUGAUGAGUGGAGGUAGAUUUGAAUUCGAUGAUGGAGGAAUCUAUUGUGGUGAGUGGCUCGAUGGAAAAGCCCAUUCUUAUGGAAUGUGUACAGGCCCGAAGAAUCAGGGACGGUUCGAGGGAUUUUGGCGUAAUGGAUUUGAAGUAUCUGGAGUUUAUCUUUGGCCCGACAAUCAUGUUUAUAAAGGAGAGUGGAAAGCUGGUAAGAUAAAUGGCUUAGGGGUGGAAGAUUGCCCUACAUGGACUUACUUUGGAGAAUGGAAGAACGGACUUCGGCAUGGAAGUGGCGUGUUGAUCAACAAAAAAACAGGAUCGCGUUAUGAAGGAACAUGGACUUUUGGCUUGCAAGAUGGGUACGGUGGAGAAAUCUACAACGAUGGGGCAUAUUAUAUGGGCCAGUGGAAACGAGGCUUUCGAGGUGGCUAUGGGAUAAAAGCGAGCGCCAACGCAGUCAAAAUGAAUCGUCUCCCACGUCGAAUGUCUUUGUUGUUCCCUGGUGGACAACAAGCUAACUCAAUGCGAAAUAUCAACGACGAUAACAGAGAUUUAAGAUCCCAAAACGCAGCUUCAUCGCUGCAGACAUCACGUGAUAAUUCAUUCGAUUAUUAUGAAACGGAUCGCUCGGCAUCACCGAAUCCUCUCUUCAAACGCGCGUACUUUUCUUUGCGUGGUGAAUCGAGAAGCGGUGAAUCGCGAAGCGGCAGUUCUCGCAGUGACAGUAAUGAAAAUAGUGACACAAUAGACAAUGAUCUGUCGCCCCACCGCUUGUUCUCCCAUACGCGAAGAUCCCCCGUUGGACAAGAUUCCGUCCGGACUGAUAUGACGAGUCAUAGCAGUGGCUUUGGCACAAUGAGUGAAAGCUCUUCUAGCAACUCACUCAAUGUCAGCAUCAACAGUGCAACCUCUGGAGAAAUUUACAAAGGGGAGUGGAUCGCAGAUCGUCGUAAUGUUUACGGCACCAGUGACUAUAUCGAUGGCAGUCGAUACAUUGGUUCUUGGAGAGAGAAUGUACGAGAUGGCUACGGCGUGAUUGUCCAAUCGAAUUCAGAAUUAUCAGGCAAAUGGCGAAACGAUGAGCUACUUACGACGGUUAAGAAAGGCAUCAAUUUAAGGUCACCGCGAAUCAAGGCGAAAGUUCGAAUAGCUGUUGACGGUGCUAUCGAAGCUGCUAAAUUGGCUGUGGAGAAAAGUAAAACUGCUUUGUCCAGAGGCGUAUCUGCGAGAAAAAUUGCCGAAGCGGCUAAAGACGCAGCCGCAACUGCAGCGAAACAUGCUUCAGUUGCCAGGGCACGGGCAGCCCAGUUCAACAUAAAGUUAUCCGAAUCAGAUGAAGACGAAGAUGUCUGCCUGACUCCGCUGCAAAGAAUUUUUGGAGAACCAACUUUCUUGGCCUACGAACUUAGUAAAAAUCUACCACCUCGGCCGGAGCCUUCAAAUUCGCGCAAAAGCAGCGUUUCCAAGGUCAAAUCCUCGCAUCCCGCGAAACUGGCUGGACUGUUUGCUGCCAUGGAUUUAACUUUAUCUGCUGGUGCAGUUAGCCCCGUGAUAUCGCAUGCAUUGCAUAGCAGAGAUAACGGCGGCAAAGAAAAGCUGAACAAAAACACCCGCACGCGGUCGGUGUCCCUUGACAGUGCUCAAGAUGCCAUCGCCAAGCUUGCUAAUUCGAUCUCUGCUUUCAAACCCGGUGUUGUCGGUGCCUCGAUACUAUUGCCCGCAUUUGCUUCGAUACCACAUGUACAACCAGAUUCUGGCCAAGCAAUGCAGUCACAAUCGUCUUAUCUUUCGUCUAGUUGCGGGGAGGCCGAAAUUCGCGCCGGCGAUGCCAGGUCAACAGAAACCUUAACAAAAGAUUCAGUGAUAACGAAGAAGACAGUGAAAAUCAAUGAGUGUUCACAAGUGGUUAAACGUGAUCAAAGUGAUGGCUUUUCGUUGCACUCUCGUAGUUUUUCCCAGAGCUCUACGUCUAGCUCGGUUGUAAACAUUUCUGGGAUAACAUCAAUGGGAGACCCAAUAAGGCUAGGCUAUAUGCAGAUUUCAACACAAAUCGAUGGCAGUGACCAGAUGGUUUACUGUACAAAAGCCCCCAAACCGAGGCUUAAUCAUAAUAGCUCUAUAUCGGAGUCUAAGUCAGUAAGCGCCUCCACAGGCUUAUACAGAACGAUUGUUGGCGAGCUGCCUGCAGUUCUAACAGUGCAUGACGAUUUGGAGAACGAAUCAUUAAAACAGAGUAGUGACUUAAUAUCGAAAACCGAAAGUGAGUCAGAAAACUCUGUAAAUAUUUGCUCUUCUGAUGACGUAACUAUUACAGGCAGUCCUCCUCAUGAGAAAGAAGAGUCUGCCUCGGAUAUUACUGACUCGCGAUACCAUGGCACUUUAGCCACAGAAUUGAUAAGCAGACUUUUGGAGGAGGAUUCCAAAUGUGACAACGCUAAGGAAUUUAAAGAAACUAAACGGCAGUUUACUUGUCAAUCACGAGGUAACCCUUCAAUGUUAAGGACUUCGUCAAAAAUUCGUCGUCAGAAAAGACUGGACGCCGACUUUUGCAAUGACAACGAAGAUGAUGUUGUUGUUGCACAAGCUGGCGACAAGAAAGCUCACGAGACCGUACGAAAAACUAAAAGUGAUAUCGGGAAUGUGCAGAUUUUGAAGAAUCGAAGAAUGCAAAUUCCAGUUCGUUUUGCAAAAAGCUUUGAUUCAAAACAAGACCAAGAUUUACACAGAGAAGACCGGCAAUCCGAGUUUGUUUCAACUGCGACACCUGCCUUGGUCCAGUCUCGCUUGACCUCUGGUCUAAACGACGGAGGAAGAAUAACUGCUCCUGUUCCCAAAGAUAACAACAAUUAUAUAAAAGUAAAUUGUCACGAUACAGAGAAUGUUUUUCUUGAUGACUAUGAAGUAAAAGGUUAUCCUGUAAAUGAUGGUUCGUGGUACACUGUGCAGGGAAUGCUGAUUUCAAGUACCGAUGACGUCAGCGGUAGCAAAGAAGACUCUUCGCAAGAUUUCCCUCCACCUGAAGAAGAGGAGAGUCUUGAAAAGAGCCGCAGUGGCAAUGAACAGUCAAGGAUGCGAAGGAGGCGCUUGUCACAGAUGUCUAAAAAAGAGGUCUCGCAGCUUGUCACGUGGGUAUGAGAAAAGAAUUAUGGGAUAUAACUGGAUUCAGUUUCUAAGAAUUACUGAUGUAGCUGCUUGUCACGUGAUGAUUCCACCUACCUCAGAAGAUUUCCCAACGGACUCUCAUCGUUGAUUUUACUAGAAUUAUAUUUUUAAGUUUAUUUAUAUGUGACAAACAAACGCAAAGCGAACGACUGACUGAAAUAAAGUUGCAUAAUAAUAAAGGCAAUUUUUGUAUUAACAAAGUGCCUCCCUCAAGUUUUUAUGUGGAUUUUCGAUCUUGAAUCACCUGGCACAAUUUUAAAAUGAUCUCUUAAUGCAAUAUGGCAACCUGCUGUAAGUUUUCAGUAGCCUGAGAGCAGCUCAAUCCUUUCAUCUGUUACGGUAAUUCUGUUUCUCGUGCGGAAAACAUUUUGUGUCAAAAUCAACUUCCCGUUAUUCAGCCCAAUGUUUUUUCAGCCUUGUGCCUUCCAUGAUCCGUUGCAUUUUCUCGACGAGAGCAGUUCAGUCAGUCUGAUGCUACAAAAUGUUUUUUAUUUUUUCUAAGUUUUGCCUCGAGCUUCUUAUUUUCUAGUUUCUUAUAAGCAAACAUCUACUGCAUCCUUUUAUCUAAGAAGGAAAAUUUAUCUUGUCAGCCGGAAACCCAUCCAGAAACUUUUGUUUGGUUUCAAGAAAGCGAACAAAAAUGGGAUUAAUGCUAGCCACAGCUUCAACAUGCAGCUUUGGUGCAACCCCUUCUACCUGUAAUAUCGUAUCGGAGACCAAGUAGAUUUUUUAUAAGGCAUAUUUGAGUAAAUCGUUAAGAUAGUGUCCCCUACACAUUUGAAUAUUAUAGAGCCACAACUAUCCACCCUUAGAAUCACUCCCGCUCUAUUAGACUUACCCUCCCCCACCCCCUUUUGUUAAGAUUUGAAGACCACAUUAUCCUUCUUUUAGGAAAAAUCGCUCCACUGAAUCUUUGCAAGCCUUUAACCAACAAACAAAAGUUUUCUUAAAAUAGAACGUGUAUGUCAAUUUCGUUAGUACAAUCAGGUUAAAAUAUUUGAUCAAACAGAUGACAAAGAGCCUUUAAGGUUUAAUUUUAAUUAGUGUUUUAUUUAAUGCCAUAAUUUAUCAUUUCUCACCUACAAAUGCAUAAGAACAGAAUAAUAUAAAGCAAAACCAAAUCCUGUCAACUAUUAAAUUUAUCUAAAGCAAAUACUGUUCAGAACUAUUGGCAUUUUUGUAUUAUUUUUUGUUGCUUUGAAACUCGACUCUCGGGUAUGCAGUAAGCACUAAUAUUUUUAUAUAUUUCUGUUGCCUGUGUGCGCAGACUAAUGUAAAUAUUGUUGAUAAAUGGAUUAAUGGAUAUUAACAAAAACUGAUAACUAUGAUAUGAUUUCUGGAAA